AUGAACUAGCUAUCAAUCAAACGCGAACAUGGCGCAAGUGCUUGAAUACCUCGCUACUGCUUCCACGUACUUUUGGAUUAUUAUAUUGAUACUAGACAAAGGAAUAAGCAAGAAGACACAAACAUUUUACAUGGAAGGCGCAGACUGUGGGGACACAAAAUACAUAGGGGGCGCCACAGUAUAUUCCCACAUCAACCCACAGACAGAAACGUAUUACAGGGACAAUAUCGAGUGCCGCCUGGUGUUUAAAGCAGAAAACGAAGAUUGGAAAAUCAUGAUGCAAGUGGUUGAGUUAGACAUUCCAGAUCGGAGUUUACGAUCCGUUUGUAAUGAUGCCCUAUACGUGUAUGAUUCAGCGCGAAUAUAUAAUCCCAUGGUGGAGGCUGGGUCCCACGUGGGCCUCUGUGGGAAAACUCUACCUCGUGUCAUGGUGUCCUCAGGGCCCUAUCUUACCAUUCACUUUAGGACUGACAGUGGUGGACCUAAAGGAAAAGGAUUCAAGUUGGUAGUCACAGCCUUCAGUGAUGAUUACAAAGAGUAUGACAGUUGCGGGGCCAAUUUUCUGUGCGACAACAAAAAGUGCAUUGAUGUGGAUCUCAAGUGCGAUUCAACGGACCACUGCUUUGACAAGUCAGACGAGGCGGAUGGCGGGUCAUCAAAAUGUGUCGACGACCCUGGAGGAAGUUUGAGCAUUUGGGAGCAGUUUCUAUCUAUGGGAGUGACCGCCGCAGUGGUCAUUACAGUUGGCAGCCUUCUCGUCCUCAUUCUAUGCAUUGUAGCGAUCACGUGCUGCUGCUGCAGGAAAAUGCGCAAGAAAAGGGAGGAAGACGAAGCCACGGUGACGUCAGCAACGGCUGUGACCAGAGGAGGGGGUCCACAGUUCCCAAGUAAUCAACAACCCCAAAUUAUGAUCACAUAUGGUCCCAAGCCCGGGUUUGGUCCGGUUGCGCCAGCUCAUCCCCACUUUGCUCAAGCUGGUGGAUACCAGCCCAUGCAAGCCACGCAGUGCACCGCGCCAGGCAUAUAUCUCAACCAAACAGCCAUGAUGUACGCAGCGGCGGGGGCCACCAACUCGCCGUACCACAGGGAUGGAGGUGCCUUUUCCAGUUCUCAAGAUAGCUCCACUGGCUACUCAUCGCAACCACCAGCGCGCACUCAACGUUCGUAUACCCCAACCAGUAGUAGGUCAAAUCAAUCGAAUAGCCACAGCAGUGUAACGUAUAGUAGUAAUACAGAUAAAGUGACCAUGCCUGUACACUUAUAGCACACUGAGCUCAUUGAUGUCUUUAAAAUUCUUCAUUGUUUUUAAUUUUUUCAAUGCUCUGAAGAUGCCAUUGUAUUGUAGUUUUACACACACAAAUAUAUUUUCAGCUCAUGAAUUGAUUGUUUUUAGCACUGAAGUAACUCAGUGGUAUUUGAAUAUUUAUCAAUGUAUGGAGAUAAAAGUUGAAACCUAAAAUUACUGACAGUUUAUAGUCAUAAUUUUAUGGAAAGUUAAAUGUAUCCUUAAAAAUAUUUGUGCAAUAGCAAUGAUUUUAUGGGGAAAUAAUUAAAACCUCAUAGCUUUCAUGCUGGCAAAAUACAGAAUAUAGACUUUGAAUUAUUUAUUGUAGUUACUGGCACAGUUUGAAGUAUGGUUCAUUUUUUUAUUACUUCAUGCCAGUGGAAGAUUUAAUCUACUGUUCUAGUUUCACAGGUGAUAGACAAACCUGCAGACUAUUGAGUAAGUGAAAAGCUUUUUAAGAGUUUUAAUUUUAAGUGUAUGUUUUUAUCAGAACAAGAAGUAGCUUUGAAAGGUUUGGGCGCUGAAUUUUUGGCCAAACAGUUUGAAAAAGAAAAAGAUAUUUAGUAAUCCAGAUCCGUUUGCACUUUUUCAGCAAUUUGAGUGAAUCAUCAUUUUUUAAAAAAUAAUUUGUCAAUCAAACUCAUUUAUUUAUUUGUUAUUUUACUUUUAUUUUUAUAGUGUCAGAAUUGUAAGUAGUCUGAUAAGCAGGCUGCAUCUUACCCAAAUUGUGACUGAAAAUCAUAGUCUAAGGGUUAACUCAGUAGUUACUGUUGGUGAAAGUAUCUGAACAUUUUGUUGAAAAUAGAUAAUUACUGUCCCAUUUACUUUGAAGUCAUGUUGUGUACCUUUUGUUAUAUAUAUAUAUAUAGACUGGGUAUACUUCUCAGAUUUCUUGAAUUUUUCAUCUGUUGGUUGUGUAGUUUCAUUAUUUAUGAAGUAACUGACAGAUAUUACUGACUUCAGUCACAGUAAGCCUUAAAUAUACUUGAAUCUAUACAUAUAUAUGUGUGUGUGUAUCCGUUACUUCAUCAUGCAAUAGAAUUUAAUGCAGCUGCACAGCUUGUUAUUUGGGUCUUUUAUUUUGGUCACUGACAAGAAAUUUAUAAUCCCUAUAGUUUAGUCAAUUUAAUGAUAUACUUAUGUACAGUACUUGUAAAUCAACAUUUGAUGGCAGACAGAAUGUUGUUUGCACAUUCUUACAUUUUAUAAAGCUGCAGCUUGUUUUGCAUAUGAUUUUAGCCAAAUUUUUAUAUUAAGCUAUUUUACAAGUUAUUUGAUGUCACCAAAAUUAGAAAUCAUAAAAGAAGUGUUAAUUCCAGUUACAAACUAUAAGGUUAUGUGCACCAGGGUGAAUAUGUAUUCAAAUUCACUUUUGGUUAGCUUAAAAUUGACCUGGUGACUUUCAUCCAAAUAUAAUUGUCUUAUUGUUGUUUUUUACUAUUUUGUUGUAAAGAUUGAUAUGAAAACUGUAUAUUUUUGUACAUACCUGAUGUAAGAUCUCCUGUCAAAAUAGAAGAGAUCUUUUAAGAACAAUGCCUGUGCAAUAUUGACAUGCGCUUUUAAUUAGUACCAUGAU